AUAAGCUGUUUCGAGGAAUGACCAGAAUGUAAACAGUGCUCAAGUGCUAGCUAGCGGUUGUUAACAUUAUAGGUAGCUAACUUUAAGACUGUCGCCGCUGAAUCGCCCACAGUUAUGGCUUCACGAUAGAUACCUCGAGCUGUGAUGGCAUUUUAAUUCUGUACUCUUUAUUGCCGUCACCCGCUCCCUCUUAUUGUUUGUAAGCGUACAUGAUUCAUAUGCUGUCACCAUGACCAAAGACAUCGUUGUUGGAGAUGAACUACCAGACUGGGUGGGGGCCAAGGAGUUUUACCAGAAGUAUGACCCCAAGGAGGUGAUUGGCAGGGGUGUGAGCAGUGUGGUGCGCAGGUGUGUGCACAGACAGACAGGUCAGGAGCUGGCAGUGAAAAUUAUUGAGAUCACAGCGGAGAAGAUGACAGCCCAGCAGCUGGAGGAGGUGAAAACCUCCACGCUGAAGGAGAUCCAAGUCCUCAACAUGGUGAAGGGACACUCCUCAAUCAUCACUCUGAUUGAUUCCUAUGAGUCCACAACCUUCAUAUUUUUGGUGUUUGACCUCAUGAGACGUGGAGAGCUGUUUGACUACCUCACAGAAAAAGUUACUUUGAGUGAGAAGGAAACCAGGAGUAUGAUGCGAGCUCUUCUGGAGGCCGUGCAGUACCUCCACUCCCUCAACAUCGUCCACCGGGACCUAAAACCUGAGAACAUUCUCCUGGAUGAUCAGGGACACAUCAAAUUGUCCGACUUUGGUUUCUCAGUGCAGCUACAGCCUGGAGAGAAGCUCAGAGAGCUCUGUGGGACACCUGGUUAUUUGGCCCCUGAAAUACUGAAAUGUUCCAUGGAUGAAAUGCACGCAGGCUAUGGCCAAGAGGUCGAUCUCUGGGCGUGUGGCGUGAUCCUUUUCACCUUACUGGCUGGCUCGCCACCAUUCUGGCACCGUAAGCAGAUGCUGAUGCUGAGGAUGAUCAUGGAGGGUCGCUAUCAGUUCAGCUCACCAGAGUGGGAUGACAGGUCUGACACCGUCAAAGAUUUGAUAUCCAGGCUCCUGGUGGUGGAUCCAGCUGCCCGUCUUACCACUGAGCAAGCUUUAGCACAUUCCUUCUUCAGACAGUAUCAGAGGGAGGACGUGCGUCUCUUUAGUCCCAGGAAGACAUUUAGGGUGCUGAUAGUCACCGUGCUGGCCUGCAUCAGGAUGUACAGCCGUUACCGCAGGGCCCGUCCACUGACUCGGGAGGUGCUGGCCCGAGAUCCUUACUCCCUCCGCGGUGUCCGCAAACUCAUCGACGGCUGCGCCUUCCGCAUCUACGGGCACUGGGUGAAGAAAGGGGAGCAGCAGAACCGAGCUGCUCUCUUUCAGAACACCGCCAAGAUCAUGCUGCUGGGCCUGGAGGACUUUGAAACAUAAAAAGUCGACCUCAUUCCUAACCAUGUUGAUUUUUAUUUAAACAUUUGCAUGUGUUGUAACGGCAGUGUGUGUCUUGUCAAAUUACUGUGUUUAAUUUUAAGACGAGGGGUUCAGGGACCGGGAACGUUUGUUCGCCUUAAUGCGCACCGUGCUUCUGCGAGCUGAAGAUAAGCAUGCACAUCUUAUCUCAUCAGGCCUCUCAUCCGAGUUUGCAGCUGUUUGAAACUCUUCUUGUCAGGUCAUCAUGUUUGCAGUGCCACUUCGCAGUAGAGGACACAUUGCACAAUCAUUUGACAUAUAAGUACAUAACAUGUUUUUAGCAUUUUACCUGUCGAUGGUCAGUUUUAAUGAGGAGAGAGUGUGUUUCUAUGCACUGUGUGGCUGAAGUGGACAUUAAUGCACUGUGAUUAAUUAUUUAAUAGACAGUUAGAUACACAUAAUGUAACACAGUUAAGAUUUACAGAUAUUCCAGUGUUAUAAAUCAGCUCCAGAAGUCAUGAAACAUUCAAGUACAGUAUUAGGAGUGUUUGUGGUAUCCUGUAGCUGCCAUGCAUGCAGACAUUCCUCUAUAGGAAACCCACUUAGACUAACUGUGAAGACUACUUGUGACUGUAUUUCCUGUCAAAACUAACCAACGCCAUUCCCUACUCGGUUCAUUCUUCCGUUUGUAAGUGGCAACUUUCCUGAAAGUGCCUCCCUGAGAAAUGCAGACAUGUACUGUAUAUGAAGAUAAAAAGGUUUUAUUGACAAUAAACUAAUAUUUGAGUUUGA